AUAGACCGAAAGGAACGGUUUUACUCCCCAAGGGAAAACCUGUUUCUCUGCUCGAAAGCAAUUUUCAUCCUCCUAUUACGAAAGUGCAGAGACAGCGGAGAGAACACAUUUGUAGAGGGAGAAAAAAAGCAAGUGCGUAACCAACGCCCCACCUGGAUUUACCGUCGUCGAAUUAUUCGAGGAAAGCGGCGUAGUCAGUGCAGCAAUGCCGAGGAAACGAGUAAAGUAAUAGUCCCACCCAUUGGCGAGUGAUGAAGUGAAUAGUGAAGGCCCCCGGGUCGGUCGGUGAUAAUUAUAAUAAAUGAUCGCAAAUUAGAAACUAUGACUAGAAGCUUUUUAUUUUCGGCGGAUAACUACCACCGUCCGGAGCGAGUUAAAAGAGUGCGUAAAUGUGACGAAGGAAAAUCUACCGAUGUGAAGAAAUAAAAAGGAAGCAAGAUAAAAUUUGAUUAUCAUUAAGCUGGGCCUGUGCGAAUAAAUUGGAGCUGGAAAAUUAAGCAAAAUAAUAAGUUAUGGGUGUUUUGUGUGUGUGUGUUGUUCGUGAAUCUCCAGGAAGCAAAAUUGUGUAAUCAAAGUGUGUUUAAAGUAAAUAUUGAAAUAUUCAAUUGCCUGCAACAAAAAUGUGAAAAGAGCUCGCUACUACGAUAUAUCUUCCCAGUAGCCGAAUCAAAGUACUUAAUCGUUAGAUUUCAUCGCUACGUGUAAAAUCAAUGUCUAUUAAUGUCGUCAAUGUUUCCGUGAAAAAAAUAAUAUCAAAUGUUAAGUCAAUUCGUCCCCGCAAAUUGCCACCCGCCGUUACGUGUUUUAUUCAAAUGCAAAUUGUGCUUUCAAUUUGAAAUUUAAAUGAGUAUUUGGUGAUGUCAUUACUGGCCGAGAAUGAACUGGAUUAUACUAGGGGUGGUUUUCAUCCUAACGCCGCAGCUUCGCUUGGACCCUUGGAUCUCGUUGGCCGAGUCACCGCCCAGUUCGCUGAUUGCCAGUCUGCUGGCGGCCACCGGCACUGGCAGCAGCGAUGGCAACAGCAACAACAACAACAACAAUGCAGGUCGUCGGAGUGGAACUGGAAUUGGGGCCGUGCACGGAACGCCGACACCCCUUCACGCAGAAUCCCCCACGGCAGCGCUGCGUGUGCUGAAUCCAUUCAUCAAACACUGGGAACCGGUCCACUUCGACCGGGACCAACUGGAGGGUGCCCACUGGCAUCACGAGAGCCAUCGGCGCCGAAGGCGCAAUGUCAACUAUGACCACGGUUCCGCCAGUUACGGACCGGCGAACGUGGUGCGGCUCAGCUUCCACGCUCAUGAUCGGGACUUCCGGUUGGUGCUGCAUGAGGAUCCCGCUUCGAUCUACGCCCGGGACGUUCAGAUUGUGAACACCGAGGGACCGGUUGACUUUGACCUAUCGCGGGUCUACACCGGCGUUGUGGAAGGUAAGUUUGCGCUCGAUCGGUCUACUGCCAAUUUGUGUUCAUAAGAUAGUUCCUAUCAG